ACAACAUUCCAGUAGAAAUUAAAGACACAAUACUUACAAAAAUGAGGCACGACGAUAUCUAUGAUGCUGUUGUGAGUGACAAAUUGAUCCUCCAGUUUGGGAAAGUCCUCAUUAAUCAGUUGGGGCCAAGAAGAACUCACAAUAUCUCACAGAGAAUGAGGCAGUUAGCAAGAUUAAAAAUACAGUUAAAUCAAAAUGAGGGUAAUACAAGCAAAGAAUUGGAAAAUUACAUCUCCCCCCAGUCUUUUGACUUGAUUGUGGAUGCUGUUAAGCAACUUGCCGGUUUUGACAGAAAUGAACAGCAGAUUUCGAUCUUCAAUAUCCCAUCAUUAGCAAUAACCAUCGGCCACAAUCUUGUUAAAGCUGCAGAAAUUCUACGAGGAGUAGCUUUGAGGACAAAUGAUGAAUUGGUUAAGAAAGGUGCAGAUGACUUUCUUCAACUGCAUUCUGGUGAAUGGACAACAUCAAUAUCCUCCAUUGCCCUGGCAUCAUUGAGGACCAACAAAUUUAAUAAGCCUUCUGUCCUGCCAAUUACCAGUGACUUAGUAAAACUCAAACUUCAUCUGGACACAGAAAUCGAAAAGAUGAUCAAAGAGGUGGAGAUGAGUCCAGAUAUGACUGCAUGGAGGACUUUGGCAGAGGUAACCUUAGUCCGAGUUAUUCUAUUCAAUAAAAGACGAGGCAGUGAGGUAUCAAAGCUUUUGAAAGUCACCUAUGAAAGUAGACCAAAUUGGAAACAAAGCAUUAAUGAAGAAGUCUAUGGAGUGCUGAAACCUGUAGAAAAAGAGCUACUGAAAAGGUUGCAGCUGGUAGAAACUCAAGGCAAAAGAAACAACAAAAGCCCAAUUCUGUUGACAGAAAAAAUGGUCCAAGCAUUGGACAUUCUCUCGGGGGAAAAGUUCAGAGAAGCAUGUGGGGUCUUGAAGUCAAAUCCCUACAUUUUUGCCAGCCAAAAUAGCUUGGAGAACAUCAAUUCAUGGCAAGCCAUGAAUAAACAGGCAAAGCUAGCAGGAUGUCAACAGCCUGAGCUUAUUUCAUCAAGCCGGUUAAGGAAAUACAUUGCCACCAUCUCACAGUUGCUGCACAUGGAAGAUCAUGAGCUAGAAUGGCUCUCCAGGCAUCUAGCUCAUGAUAUUAACACCCACAAAAGCCAUUACAGGCAGCAUGAUGCAGCUAUUGAAAUAGCUAAAGUGGGAAGUCUGGUAUUGGCAGCAGAUGAGGGACAGCUUAGUAGGUUUGCGGGGAAAAAGCUGUCAGAAAUAGAUGUUUCAGAGUUCCUUCUUCCUGACCUAGGAAAAUACAAGGCUGUUGAUGACAGGGAUAUUCUUGAUAUUGAGCUAAAUGCUGGAGUGACAGCUGAGGAAACUGUGAGUGGACCUGAUGAGUGUCAAGAGGAUUAUGUUCAGUGCAGGUCAAACUCUAAAGAAAAAAAACGAAAGCAAAGUACAGAUGAAACAGUGUCAAGCAGCAGCAAUAAAAAGCAGAAGCUUGCUACAGACAAUCAGCAGAAAGUUUUGGAGAGAUUACGAAAAUUAGAGGGGAGACGGCAGAAAGAAAAAAGUGGACUAAACAAGGCUUCUGAGACUUCUGAUCCAUUUGAUUUCACAGAUGAUGACCAAGACUAUGUGUACAGCAAUAAUGAAGAAGAUCCCUCGGAGGAUGAAGAGGUAGAGAAAGUAGAAGAACAAAAACCCAAAAAAAGAUGGUCUGUGGAAGAAAAUUCUCUUUUCAAGAGGAUUUUCUUCCAGUUCCUGGAAAAAAAAACCAUGCCACCAGGAUCUACACUGAUAGCAGCCCAAAAACAUUUGACUUCUAGAAGUGUAGCACAGAUAAGAACUAGGGUUCACAAUGUCAUUAAUGGAAAGCAAAAACUGUCAUGAUAAGUUCUGUAAUAAACAGAAAGAUUACGGUACAUGAAAUCUGGAUGGGCACUAACUGUACUCCAAGGUCAUAUUAAAUAGGUCAUGGCCACAAGUUUUCAAAAUUUAAUCAUUUUCUAACCUCAUAUAUGUAAAUUUGUAAUGGAGAGACAUAGAACCCAUACUUCAAAUACAGGUUAAGAUAUCUUUUUUAAAUAUGAUAUUUGACGAAUGUUAUUUGAAAAAAAAAUGUUUUAAAAGCUGUAUAAAAAUAAGAGUAAAAUUCCUUUUCAAAUUCAAGGCAUAUAUGCAAAUUUAAAAUUACACCUUUUUUGUAAGCAUUUUGCUGCAGGUGGAAUUAGCUAGAUUACAGUAUAAUUCAAGUAGUACUAUUUUCCUAUAUAGGGUUUUUAAUGAGAUGUAAAUAUAGCAAUCUAGUCCUUUAAAAAUAUUUAAUUUAAGUGACAAUUAUUUUGAGCAAUUUUUUUAAUGCUUAGAAUGAUAACUAUAACCUUCAGUACCUAAUCAAUUUCAGUUUUAUUCAAAUAUAGUGAUCCUAAAAAUUCUUGCUAAAAAUGCAGAAUUGAAUCCUUGCCAAAAUUUUUUGCUUAUAUAGUACAUGUAUGUUCAGACGAUAGACCCAGGUGGAUUGAAAGUGGUCAUAGCUAGAAAAAUUAUACAUGGGAUAUUCAAAAGACCAUAAAGGCCUGUAGAUCUUAUAUUAUAAAAUAAAAACAUUAUAUUUCUCUUAUUUUGUAGUUUAGCUAGAUACUGUACAUAUGUAGUUUAGUUGUUAGAUCACCUGAACCAAAGUCACAAGUGAGCUUUUCUGAUCGAAAUUUGUCUGUUGUCGUUAACUUUACACAUUUUUGAUUACUUCUCAAGAACCACCGCGUCAAUUUCACCCAAACUUGUCACAAAGUAUCUUUGGAAAAAUGAGAUUCAAAUUUGUUCAAAUGAUGGGUCAC